CUAUAAAUACCAUGUCGAACACUAAGAAUGGUAUCAGUUCUUUAACGCACUCAGUCAAUACAGACCUUCAAACAAAAAACAAAAUUUAAAAAUGUUCAAGUUGGUGGUAUUGUCUGCUCUCCUGGCCGUAGCUGCUGCUCGUCCCAGUCUCAUCGAAUCUCAUCCAGUAGUGUACUCGGCGCCCGCCGUUGCCGUGCACGAACCCGUUCUGACUAAAGUGGGUUCAGUGGUGAAGAGCAUCCCUACUGCUGUCUCCCAUCAAAGCCAAUCGAUUGUGCACAGCUCAGCUCAUGUCGUUGAGGAUGUUUUGGCACCCGUUGUGAAGACCAGCUAUGUGGCAGCUCCAGUGGUAAAGACUGUUGCUGCUGCUCCUGUACUGCACUCUGCUGCAGUCCACCACGUUGCUGCUGCUCCACUUCUGCACCAUGCUCCUGUUGCCCAUUACGCUGCUCCUCUUACACAUUUGCAUGCUGCAUCUCCACUCACCUACACCGCCACUGGUUUAUGGUAAAAGAUCUGAGACAUGAACGAAUUUAGUUGGACUGCCUGUUUUUGGUAUUUUUUUUUUUGUUUUUAAUUUUUUGUUUUAUAUACAUACAUACAUACAUAUUUUUUAAAUUUCAUUUAAAUCAUUUAUUUAUUUAAAAACUGAUGGAAUUAUGACAAAAUUGAAAAUAUAUGCAUGCAUUUGUAUCUGAAAAGAAAUGUU